AUGUAUUUAUCAAAUUCAUCGAAAUUAGGAAAUCAUUAUAUAUGGGUACCUACAAGUGAUGUGGAAUCUGCAAAGAGAGUAAGAAAAGUUGAAGAAGACAAUGAAAAGUUAUCAGAUGAAUUUAUAAGGAAUAAAAAAAGAACUGUGUUUACACUUAUUGAAUUAAUAUCAUAUAAUGAAGUUACAAAAAUUGCCACCUGCAGAAAUACUGAAGGCUUGGAUUUAUCAAGUGAUAUAACAGAAAGUAGAGACAAUAAAUUUGAAAUAAAACUGGUAAACAUAAUGAAAGCAGAUUCUAAAUUUGGUUUGAAGGAUAAUUCACAAUUAAGGAACCUGAAUAUUGGUAAUGUGUUGGCAAAUAUGAAGUAUUGCUAUGAAUUAUUGCAAGGUAAUUCUUGUGAAGAUGGAGUAUCUGAUUUUAAAGAUGAAAUUGAUUGUCUGAAGUAUCCAAUGUAUACUUUUGCAGGUGGGAUUCUUUUAGCUGUUAAUCCAUAUAAAUUUUAUGAUAUAUAUAAUAAUGAGAUUGCUGAUGCAUUUGUUGGGAAAAAUAUAGUGAAUAUGGAACCUCAUCCAUUUGCAGUAACAGAAUGGUCAUAUCGUAGAAUGCUUAAAGAUAAGAAAUCUCAAUCUAUUGUUAUUUCCGGAGAAAGUGGAGCAGGAAAAACAGAAACUUCAAAACAUGUUUUAAAGUAUUUAAGCUAUUUAAGUAAUAAAAGGAGAAUGUACAAUUACAAAAAGAAUGGUAUUAUAAAAAAUGAUAAUCCCUUAGUUAGUGAAUGUACAAUCUUAAAUUUGAAUGAUUUAAGAGUUUCGUCUAUUGAAGACUGUUUAUUAUCAUCUAAUCCAUUGUUAGAAAUAUUUGGAAAUGCAAAGACUAUUAGGAAUGAUAACUCAUCAAGAUUUGGAAAGUAUAUGAAAUUGGAAUUCAGUGAUGAUGGAUAUAUAUUAAAUUCUAGUAUUAAUACAUAUCUUCUUGCUAAAUCUAGAGUAGUACAUAUACCUCAAGGAGAAAGAAACUAUCAUAUCUUUUAUUUGUUAUUGAGAAACAUGAACCAAGAACAAAGAAUAAAAUGGUUAUCAAUACCAGAUAAUAUGGAAUAUGAUAGAAUUAUUAAUAGUUUCAAUUAUUUGAAAAGUGAAAAUGGGAUUUUGAACAAUAAUAAUGUAGAUAAACAUAUAAAAUAUAAUAUAGAUACUAUAAAUAAGUGUUUUGAAUCGAUUGGAAUAUCAAAUAAUAUUGUAAAUAUAAUAUAUGACUUGGUUAUGGGUAUUCUUUUAUUAGGGAAUGUGGAAUUUAAAAAGAAUGAGGAAGAUGAUUAUUGUGAUAUUACUGAUGAGACUUUUGAAAUGUGUUCUAAAGUAUCAAAUUUAUUUGGUAUACUUGACUCGAAAGGAUUCAUUAAAAUACUGACUAGAAGAAAUAUAAUCAAUAUAGAAAGAAAAUUAUCAUAUUCAGAAGCUAUAUAUACAAGAGAUAGUAUUGCUAGAUAUUUAUAUCAAUGGAUAUUUGAUUUAGUGGUUGAUUUAAUAAAUAUUGCAUUAAAUCAGGAGAUUGCCAAUAAACAUAGAAAUAAUACAGUAACUAAUAAUAUUAAUGAUAUCAAUGAUUCAACAGAAACUAAAUUAAUUUCUAAAGUAUUAUCAAUUGGUAUAUUAGAUAUCUUUGGAUUUGAAGAUUUAUCUCCAAAUUAUCCAAAUAGUUUUGAACAAUUAUGCAUUAAUUACUGUAAUGAAAGAUUACAUAGUUUCUUUUUAGAGCAAUUAUUAUAUAGGGAUCAUUUAUUAUAUAAAACAGAAGGUUUAGGUGAAUUUAAAUCAACUGAUACCUCAUUUGAUGUAUCAGAAUUACUAUUUCAUCAAUCUCUUGUAUGUACAGUAAUAAGUGGUACUGUUCCUAAAUAUACAAGUGAUGAUUAUAAAGAUAGUAAGGGUUUAAGUGUAAAUUUUUCAUCAGUUAAUAUAAUAUCUAUUUUGGAUGAAACAUGCAAAGUACCAAUUAAAGGCAAUAGAGAUGAAAUAUUUUGUCAGAAAAUCCAUCAAUUGAAGAAUAUGAAUGGACAAUCUUAUAUUAGUAGCUGUAAUAAUGGAAUUAAUAGAAGAAAAUCUGUUAUAACAUCUUCAUCUCAAAUUAAUGAAACUAGUCAAGUAUUAUCAUUCACUUCGGCAGUUAAUAAUGUAAUUAUACCACAAAAAUUAAAUUUGAAUAAAACAUUUACUAUUUGUCAUUUUGCAGGGCCUGUACAAUAUCAAUGUGAUGGUUUUACUAGUAAAAAUACUGAUUUUUUAUCUAAUGAUAUUGAAAAAUAUCUUUUAACAAAUAUGAAGAGUAUCAUAAAUUUACAAGUAAUUAGAAAAAAAUUAUAUAAUAAAAAUAAUAUAAUUGAUAAUUUAAAAGUGAAUGAAAGAUCUGAUAUUUCUACUGAUAAUACAAAGUCAACUCUUGAUGUACUAAAAAGUACUGAAUUAAUAGUGGAUAAUAAAGAAGAAAAAGGACAAUUUAAAUCAAAAUUAAUGAUAUCAAAUGCAAAUAUAUCAAACUUAAGUGAUACAAGUUUUAUACAACCUUCACUAAAUACUAAUAAAAAUAAAAGUGUAGGUACAACCUUUAUCAAACAAAUGCAAAAUAUGUUAACUGAAGAAUUAUAUCCAACACAAAGUCAUUUUAUACGUUGUAUUAAACCUAAUGAUGAACAAGAACCUUUAAAAUUUGAUGAUAUUAAAGUUUAUCAACAAUUACAAAUUGGUGGUAUCUUGCAGGUACUAAAUAUAAUGAUAUAUGGAUAUCCUUGUAGGAUACCUUAUCUCAAUAUUUAUAAUUAUUUUAAACAAAUAAUAGAUAAUAAGUUGGUUGAAAAUGAUAAUAAAUUAAGUGAGAUAAAUGAAUUGAAACCGAAUAUUAAUAUUAAAAGCUCAUUAAAUAAUAGUAGUAAGGAUAUUAAUAAAAAAGUUGCAAUAAUAUUAUCAGAUCAAAGGUUAUUUGUCUCAUUAUUACUAGAUUAUAUGGGAUAUAAAGAUGGUAAAGACUAUAAAUUAGGUUUAACAAGAAUAUUUUUUAAAUAUAAUGUUCUUGAUAAAAUAGAAGAAUUUAUUAGUAAAUGUAAGAGUGAAUCUUCAGAAUGGAAGAUAAAUUGUGUUCUUGAAAUAUAUAACUACUGGAUAAGGAGACGUUCUCAUAAUUAUUGGAUAUUAGUUAAGUCCUGUGUAAAUAUACUUUGUAAAUACAAGGAAAUUCUCUAUAAGAAAAAAAAGCAGAAGGAGAGAAAGGCUAUGAUGAUCAUAUGUAAUUCAAUAUAUAGAUAUAUUAAACAAAAGAAAGAAAAGAAAAGAAAACAAGAGGAACAAUUGAGGUUAAAAUUAUUAGAAGAGGAGAAAAAGAAACAAGAAAUGGAAAUAGAAAAGAUUAAACUUCAAGAACAAGAAAUAACUAAUAAAUAUGAACGAGAAAAAGAUUUACUAUUACAGAAUAAUGAAUCAAAUCAAAUAAAACAAAAAGAAAAUCAAGAUAAUAUAUAUUGCAAAGUUAAUGAUUUACAGGGUAAAUUUACUGGUACUCAAGUUAAUCUUAUGGAACAUAAUGAAAUUAAGAAUAAAUUAAGAAUUAGGAAAUUAGAAGAUAGUGAACAAAAAUCUUGUUUAAUAUCCAUACAUGUAGGAAUUAAUACAAGCGUAUUAAAAAAAAAUAACCAAAAUUUAAUUAUUAAUAAUAAACCAAAUGAGGUUUUCAAUAGAAGUAAACGCAUAAGAACAGAAUUUAUUGAUGAUAGUCUCGAUUUUGAAUUUGAAAUAUAUAAGGCAAAAAAAAUAAAAUAUAAUAUAUCUAACCUCUCAAAUAAGAAAGAUAUCAACUUCAAUGACAAAUCGAUGAAUAUACAGUUUAGAUCUGAAGAUGAGGAUAAACAAACUCAAAUUGAUUCAGAAAAUAUACAAAUAUAUGAGAAUAACUAUGACAAAGAAUUUGACUCUCCAAUACUAAAAGAUGAAUCAAAUAUAACUAAUGAUUCUCCACUACUUUGUACAUCAGCAAUGAGAGUACAUAACAAAUAUUCUUCAUAUUUUGUAACAGGUAAUUCUUCAGUAAAUCAAGAUAAUCUAGAAAUAGAUUAUCGUUCAUUACAAGAUGAAUUAGUUGAAGCUGAGUUCAUUGAUGAUGUAUUAUCAAAAGAAUUACAGGUAAUUAAUAAUAAUAAUAAUAAUAAUAAUAAUAAUAAUAAUAAUAAUAAUAAUAAUAAUAAUAAUAAUAAUAAUAAUAAUAAUAAUAAUAAUAAUAAUGAUACUGAAAAUAGUAAAUGGAAGACAUCUCUAAGAAGACCGACAAUAUUUGUGCCAAUAAGAGGUGAAAAUAAAUUAGUUCCAUGCAAAGGUACGUCACUUAUAGAGGAUGAUUUAUCUAUAAAAGCAAUAAGAAGUGAUCAUGAAAUAAAGAGCCUUAUAGAUUUACAAAAAAUAUUUCGUAAUAAUGUAUCAAAUAUAAAGUUUAGAAAUAAUGAAGAUCAAAAUAAAGAAAAUUAUAUUGACAAUCAAUCUACAUUAAUGGAUAUUUAA